AUGUCGCGAUAUUUUCAACUGCUUCUCGCCUUUUCCCUGGCUCUCGUGUUCGUCGAGGCGCGAUUCGGCGGGGUUCGUUCUUUUCCAAACUUCCUUCCAAUUCAUGGUCCAAUAAUUUUCCUUCUCCAGCUCUCUAAUUUUGUACCCCUGAAGCUCAAAAAUAGUCAUGAACUGCAUUACUUCAAUUUUUGGUUGUCUAAUAUGAGACUUUCUUACGAAAAAACAGCAAAAUUGGUCAGAACCUUCUUGAUAUACUGGAAGAUUGCAUGUUUUUUCAAGUUUUUCACAACUUAUCACUAUCCGAGAACAGACGCUCGAAAGUGUAGCCAAUAGCCGCGUAAGUUUAAACUUAUAAAUCUUCCAUCAGUAGAGUGUUUUGAGAAAUUCUUCCAAUUUUUGAUAUUCAUGAUUACAGAAAACAAGUUUUUUGAGAAUUCCUCUACGACCUUUAUUAGAGAAUACAAGUUGCAUCGAAGCCUAUUUCGCCAGUGAAAAUUGGAAAAUACCUACGAUAAAGCCAAAAGAUUCAGAACAACGAGCGACGAUUGCAGGACGUGAUGUUCAGCGCGCAGAUGCCGACGUGGCGACGAUCUUCGCGAUUCCCACAGGUGCAGGGGUUCAUGCCAGUCGCCUCGUUCAGCGACAUCCCUUCCCGACCGCUUUUCUUCGGCUCCUGGCGCAAGCGGAUCGCCGAAGACUGGUAG